UGAGCAACAAGUCAAAACUUACCAAAAUAACACUAGUAUCAAACAUAUAAACUUGGGUUUUUGUCAUAAAAGCCCCCAUAUUUACAUAAAAAAACCGGUUAUGCCCAAAAUCGAUUUUUUUUGCCACAGAUGCCUAACAUUUGCCCCUCAUGUUUCAUUUAAUGUGUUUUACUGGUUCCCUUAAUCAACCGGUUACAUCCACCCUUUUAAGCCCCAAACAUACUCUUUUUCCGUUAACAUUGAUCGAAAGUCUUUCCCUCCACUGUCUUCUAUUCUCUCCCCCGUCUUCUACCCUAAGUAUCUGUAAAAUGUCAAUUUCGUUUGCCAAAUCAAGCUUCCAAGGUGGUCCAACAUUGAGAAAGAAAAGAGUAGUUAGAUGUGGCUGUGGAGAUGUGUGCAAGGUAUCUGUUGCUCGAACACUUGAGAACUAUGGAAAGAAGUUUUACAGGUGCCCUAAUUACAAGGUGGAGGAAGAGGACUGUGGUUUUUUCAAAUGGUACGAUGAAGAAGAUGGCCACAUUAUCGACCCAACUCACACAAAGCAGAUGCAGGGGCAUGGACAAUUGAAGACUUUGAAUGUUGUGACUUUAUAUUAUUUUACUGUUGUUCUUAAUGGUGAUCAUUUCUUGAGUAGUUUUCCAGAUGAAAUGAGAAACAAAAUGAAUGUGAAAGAAGCUUAUACGUAUGUAAAAGGUGCAGUUUCAAGAUUCAUAACUGCUAGCAAAGAAGCUAUCAAUUUGGGUGCUGAUGAAUCUGCCAUUGUUGACAUGAGAUCAUCUCUUACUACCAGAUCAGUUAUUCACAACAAAUAA